GGAUAAACGUUAAACCCCCGAAGGGUAGUAGAAGAAGAAAAGAAGAUAAGAGAGAGCAGAAAGAGAUGGGUUCAUUGAGCAAAGCUCUUCUCUCUUCCACGCUUCGCUCUCUUCCCUCCUUUUCUUCUCCCCCCACUCCCUUCUUCUCCUUUUCUUCUUCAUAUUCAUUCACUCCAAAUUCCCCUUCCUUUGCAUUCAAAAGCUCCUUCACUUCUUCUUUAACUAGCAAAGCCCCCACACCCAAUUCGCUCUCUUUCUCGUCCACCACCUUCAUUUGCAAAGCUGCCGAGUACAAAUUCCCUGACCCAAUUCCCGAAUUCGCUGAUGCUGAAAUGGAUAAAUUUAGGUCGCAUCUGCUCAACAAACUGUCCAAGAAGGAUACUUAUGGAGACUCGGUUGAAGAAGUUGUAGGAAUCUGCACCGAGAUAUUUAGUACUUUCUUACAUACUGAAUACGGUGGUCCUGGGACACUCUUGGUCAUACCUUUCAUUGACAUGGCUGAUACUAUAAAUGAGCGUGGGUUGCCUGGAGGACCGCAAGCUGCACGUGCUGCAGUUAAAUGGGCUCAAGAUCAUGUAGACAAGGACUGGAAAGAAUGGACUGGCACCAAUUAACAUAGAAUCUAAAAGCCUCCUUAUAUCAGGAAUGUUUGUUGUAAGAGGUAGUUCAGUAUUGAAAAUAGCAUUUAUUCUUACCCUGCUUCCUUUCGAGAUUGAGGUGUCAUUGUGAUUCUGUGUCUGAGCCGGUUUUGUUAUCGUAUGUAGUUUUAAGGAAGCUUUGUAUCAGAUAUCCAUGACCAGAAUAUGAUGCAUAGACAAUUUUGCAAUUUUAAGCUGUUGAUUUUUAAGUAGAAA